AUUCGUAGUAAUGGGCGAAUCUUCCUUCCAUCGUUGAGCGAAAUUCGACGUUCCGCCAGAAUGCCGGGUCAAAUCCAGCUAUACGCUUAUGCGUUUUCUCCUCCAUGGCAGUUUUAUCUUCUUUUGGAAUAGGGUUCUCGUUGGAUUGCCGUGAUUUGGAUUUCUGGGUGUGCCCUCUCACGAAUUCUCGAUUGUAGCCGAUUCCAAUUCAUCGUUCUCGUGAUCGGUGUAGCUUAUUAAGAUUUAUCGUCGGAGAUUACGUGGUUCAUUGUUUGAUGGCGAAUUAAGGCAUGGCUUUUGGUGUUCCAUCGUUUUCGAGGCAUUGGUGUAAAUUUGCGAAUCUGAGAAAUUUCUGGUCGUUUUUCUGGUCGUGAUUCCGGAGCGUAUUUCUGGGGUUAGAUAUUGAAAUGGGGAACGAAUCUGAGUCCCGGAAAACAGCAAGGAUCUGUUUGAUAUUGUGCUUGGAGAAAUAGGUAUUGCCGAGAGAUUGGAGAAGAAGAUGGAUCUUGUUGUCGGUGGAAAAUUUAAGCUUGGAAGGAAAAUUGGUAGUGGGUCCUUUGGCGAGCUAUAUCUAGGUGUAAAUGUCCAAACUGGAGAAGAAGUUGGUGUCAAGCUGGAACCUGUGAAGACCAAGCAUCCCCAACUUCAUUAUGAGUCAAAGUUGUACACGUUGCUCCAAGGAGGAACUGGCAUUCCGAAUCUCAAGUGGUUUGGUGUUGAAGGGGACUACAAUGUCAUGGCUAUUGAUCUUCUAGGCCCGAGUCUGGAAGACCUGUUUAACUACUGUAACAGGAAAUUGUCCUUGAAAACCGUCCUCAUGCUUGCAGACCAACUACUUAACAGGGUUGAAUAUAUACAUUCUCGAGGUUUCCUUCACCGUGAUAUAAAGCCUGACAACUUUUUAAUGGGCCUUGGGCGCAAAGCAAAUCAGGUGUAUAUGAUCGACUUUGGACUGGGGAAGAAGUAUAGAGACCUUCAGACUCACAAGCACAUUCCGUACAGAGAGAACAAAAACCUCACUGGCACGGCUCGGUAUGCAAGCGUCAACACUCACCUCGGAGUCGAACAAAGUCGAAGGGAUGAUUUGGAAUCACUCGGCUAUGUACUUGUGUACUUCCUCAGAGGAAGCCUUCCCUGGCAGGGACUAAAGGCUGGAACCAAACACCAAAAGUAUGACAGAAUUAGCGAGAAGAAAGUAUCAACACCUAUAGAGGUCUUGUGUAAAAGUUGCCCAUCAGAAUUCGUUUCGUACUUCCAUUACUGUCGGUCCCUACGAUUUGAUGACAAACCUGAUUACUCUUACCUCAAGAGGCUUUUCCGUGACUUGUUUAUCCGAGAAGGUUAUCAGUUUGAUUAUGUAUUUGACUGGACAGUGCUAAAAUAUCCUCAGACUGGUUCCAGCUCUAGCUCCAGUUUAAGGACAAGGCAUCCCACCGGGAAACCAGGGCUAACUGCAGGACCAUCUGCGGAAAAACCAGAGAGGAUCUGUGGAAAAGAAGUUCGAGAUAGAUUCUCGGGUGCGAUUGAGGCCUUCUCCCGUAGGCACCCUAUAACUUCUACCCCACGUGAUCAUUCAAGAUCCCGAAACUCUGAUGACGGGCCUCUGUCUAAGCAUGCACAGCAGCACGGGGACUCGGAAAGAGCGGGCAGUUCCACCAGAUAUGGAAGCUUAUCAAGGAGAGCUGUGGCUUCAAGCUCUCGGCCAAGUUCUGCAGGUGGACCAAGCGAGAGCAGAGCCUCUAGCCGGUUGGCCUCAUCCAGUGGCAGCGUUCAUCCCUCAACCAGCCAAAGAAUCCAUUCUGGAGGAUACGAAUCCAAGACCUCGUCUUUCUCCCGCAAAGCUAUUCCUAGGAACGUUCAUGAUGAUCCGAUAAGGAGCCUCAAGCUUCUCUCUAUUCGGAAAUGAACUCAAACACAAACAUAUACCGAUACUCGAUGAGUCUUGCCAAAGAUCAUCAGACGAAACGUGGAAAUUUUCUUCUACAAGAAGAGGAGAAUCUUGGAACAGUUUCAUAUGCUCGAGUCUUUUGUGUAUACGGAAACGGUGGAAGUAGGAAAUUGUCGGUA